AUGGAGGCCCUGUUGCUUCUUCCCGUGGGAAAGCUUCCUGAGGAGCUGGUGUUUGGGAUGAUUGUCCUGCAGGAGGAGGUGAAAGGCAUCUCAGGCAGAGGGAAGAGCAUGGGCAAAGGCCUGAAGGAAGAGGGAGCCCCCGAGCUGUCCCAGGACUGCGCCUACCCCACCAAAGUGUGGUCUGGGCUAGAGCCCAGCGCUGAGCCUCCCUUCCAGGGGAAGCAGGGAAUGGGACCUCCAGUUCUGAGUGACCCAGAGGAUGGGGGCAUUAGUGUGCACUGCUCAGGAAAUACCAUCACUAAGGCCAGGCUCCUUGUCACCAGCCCUAGAGCCAAUGGGUCAGCAGGGCACCUGCAUCGAUGUUCCCUCUUCCUGAAUGAGCUCUCCUGUCAACCAGUAGAGCAUGGCCCCAUCCCAAAGGGGAGGCAUCAGGGAGUGACGGUUGUCCAGAACCACCAUGGUGUUUUGAUAUGCAUUCAAGUGAAAACCCGGAAGCCCCACAGCCUCAGUCCAGAACUCACAGGGACCUGCAACCUACUGGCUCCCAACCUCCAGCCCCGGGCCCAGGCCUACUUCUUCAACCUCGAUAAUCUCCAGGAUCCAGAUGCACAUGUAGGUGUUGGAGACUGCUACAGGAACAAAAAAAGCAGCAUGGAGGGAACUAAGAACUCAGCCAGGUGGCGCCGGGCACUGGAGGAGGUGGAAGAGGAGGAAGAGGAAGCUGGCACUGAGAUCGCCAUCAUCUUGGAUGGCUCAGGAAGCAUUGAUCCCCCAGAUUUCCAGAAAGCCAAAGACUUUGUCUCCAACAUGAUGAGGACCAUCCAUGAAAAGUGCUUUGAGUGCAGCUUUGCCCUGGUGCAAUACGGGGGCGUGAUCCAGACUGAGUUUGAUCUUCGGGACAACCAGGAUGUGAUGGCCUCCCUUGCCAGAGUCCAGAACAUCACUCAAGUGAAGAAUGUCACCAAGACUGCCUCAGCCAUGCAGCAUGUCCUACACAACAUCUUCACGCCAAGCCAUGGCUCCAGAAAAAAGGCAACCAAGGUCAUGGUGGUGCUCACCGAUGGGGAAAAUUUCGGGGACCCCCUCAACUUAACGACUGUUAUCAACUCCCCAGAGAUGCAGGGUGUCGAGCGCUUUGCCAUCGGGGUGGGGGAUGCAUUUAAUAAGGAUCGGUCUGACAAGGAACUGAAGCUGAUCGCCUCAGACCCCGAUGAGACUCAUGCCUUCAAGGUGACCAACUACACAGUGCUGAAUGGGCUGCUGAGCAAACUGCAGCAGAGUAUCAUCCACACGGAAGGUGCGAGCGGAGAUGCCCUUCACUUCCAGCUGGCACAGAUUGGGUUCAGCGCCCAGAUCCUGGAUGAGGAGCAGGUGUUGCUCGGCGCCGUCGGUGCCUUUGACUGGUCGGGGGGCGCGCUGCUCUACAACACGAGCAGCUGUCGGGGUCGCUUCCUGAAUCAGACGUCGGUGGACACCCAGGCUGCGCAGUACGGUUAUCUAGGUUACUCGUUGGCCGUGCUGCACGGGGCUGAUGAUCGCUUCUAUGUUGCGGGUGCUCCACGGUACAAGCAUCGCGGCGCUGUGUUUGAGUUCCGCGAGAAGGGCCCAGAGGCCAACUUCCUUCCAGUGCUGGAGGGAGAGCAGAUGGGGUCCUAUUUUGGCUCUGAGCUGUGCCCUGUGGACAUUGACAAGGAUGGGACCACAGACUUCUUGCUGGUGGCGGCUCCAUUUUACCACGUGCAUGGGGAAGAAGGCAGAGUCUAUGUGUACCGCUGGAAUAAGCAGUAUGGCUCCUUCUCCUUGGCACGCACGCUGAGUGGGCACCCCAAGUUCACCAAUGCCCGGUUUGGCUUUACCAUGGCGGCUGUCGGGGACAUCAGUCAGGAUAAGCUCACAGAUGUGGCCAUCGGGGCCCCGCUGGAGGGUUUUGGGGCUGACGAUGGUGCCAGCUUUGGCAGUGUGUACAUCUACAAUGGACGUCAGGACGGCCUCUCCGCCAGCCCCUCACAGAGAAUCAGAGCUUCAGCAGUGGGCCCAGGACUCCACUACUUCGGCAUGUCCCUGGCUGGUGGCUUCGAUUUCAGUGGUGAUGGCCUUGCUGACAUCACCAUGGGCACUCUGGGCCGGGCGGCUGUGCUUCGCUCAAGACCGGUGGUUCACCUGAAGGUGUCCAUGAACUUCAGCCCCGAGGCAGUGCCUAUUGGCUUCAACGGCAGUGUGAAUGUGCAUUUGUGCUUUGAAAUCAGCUCUGGGACCCCAGCCACUGAGACAGGUCUCAGAGAGACGUCUCUCAACUUCACACUGGACGUGGAUGUGAAGAAGAAGAGGAAAAGGCUGCAGUGUUUGGAUGUGAAAACUUGUCUGAGCACUCUUAAGGAGUGGGGCAGUGGGUCCUGUCUUUGUGAGUCCUUUCAGCUCCUCCCCACGGAGAGAAAGCUCUAUGAGGAAGACCGCUUCUCCAACGUCAGUGUCAAGGUCAGCUACCAACUCCAGACUCCCAAGACCCACAAGGACCAUCCCUAUCCCAUCCUGGACCUCUACACUGAGCCCUCUGCCAUCUUCCAGCUGCCCUACGAGAAGGCCUGCAAGGAUAAGCUGUUUUGUGAAGCUAAGUUACAGCUGACCACCACCAUCUCUCAGGAGGAAUUGGUGGUGGGUCUCACAAAGGAGCUGACUAUGAACAUUAAUGUAACUAACGCUGGGGAAGAUUCCUACAGGACAAACUUGACUUUGAAAUACCCCAGAAACUUACAGUUUAAAAGGAUACAAAAGCCUCCCUUUCCAAAUAUUCAGUGCGAUGACCCUAAGCCAGUUGUGUCUAUCCUGGUCAUGAACUGCAAGAUCGGUCACCCCAUAUUCAAGAGGUCGUCUGCAGACCUUUUGGUAGUUUGGCAGCUAGAGGAGAAUGCCUUUCCCAACAGGACAGCAGACAUCACUGUGAUGAUCACCAAUUCCAAUGAAAGAAGUUCUUUGCCUUUGCCCAGUAAGACCACACUUCGAUUCAAGCAUGCCUUCAUUGCAGUUCUUACCAAACCAUCGGUGAUGUACAUGCUUACAAGCCAGAGGCCUUCUGACCACAAAGAAUUCCUCUUCAAUAUACAUGGGGAAAAUCUCUUUGAAGCCAAAUUCCAGUUGCAAAUUUGUGUUCCACUCCGAAUACAAGCCUUUCAGGUUGUAAGAGUGAAGAACCUGACAAAGACUCAGGUACUUAAAUGCGGUUCUCUAUCACAAUCACGUCACCUUCUAGACCCUGGUGAACCUGCCUCCUUCCGCCGCUGCCUCCUGGGAGCAGUGGAGAGAUGCCCGGUUCACGGCGGCUACCGGGCAGUGGAAGCCUCUCGGAACUUCAGAGGCUGUGUCCAGAGUGGCGGAGGGACCGGCACAUAUGACAUUGUCCGCUGGCGCUGGGGCCGCAGGUCCGGGGCUGCUGGGAGAGGCCAGAGAGCUGAACAGGGAGGCACUGGCGCCCAGCUCGUCGCAGUCCUUGGGCUGGCUGCACACGCUGAGGUCCCGGCUGAGGCGGCCCAGGUUGCUGUCAGGGAAGGGCGGCGGUCCGAGCGGGCCGCACGGGGUGCUGCACUUCUGUGGGGGCCGAGCUCGCAGCCUCAGGCGUCUUGGGGUCACGAUCAGGCUCGGCCGGUCCUUGGAGAUUCGGCCGGCACGGCGCCUCUGCCGUUGACGGACCGGGCUGCCGCAGAAGUCUGGGUCGUCGGGGUCGUCCGAAGCGGCAGACUGCGAGGGGCCGCUGAUACUGGCGUCACUGCUACUGCUGCUGCUAAAGAAACGCUUCCGGUCUUGUGGUGGGAACCACUGUGCGGCUGCCCGCCCCGACCGCAGCCGCAGCCCCCAGCCACCCGCAGCCCCGUAAGUUCUGAAGAGCCGGCUCCCAGGUCGCGGGCGCGACGCCGCCAUGGCCGCACCCGCCAGGCAGUUCAAAUGCAAACACCGCGAGACUUCCUUGUGAAGUGUACGCGCCUGCCGACCGGACUGCCCACCCGCCAGGUCCUAGCGCCCGGCCUCACGCCUGCGCAGCCAGUCGAGUCUCACAGGAGCUGGGAGGGGGGCGGUAACCAUGGCGAUUUGUUUUCCUCCCUGCGUUGCGGUGAAUGGCUCUCUUUUCAGGCCAAUACUGUGUGCGCUCAGAGUCAGGGGAGCGUUUGUGGAAGCGACCGGGUUCAGUACGUGCAAGAAUGGCAUUCAGUGAACUGCACCAUCACUUCAGAUAAAGAAAAUGUAACCGUGGCUGCAGAGCUCUCCUUGAGUUACUCUGAGCAGUUACUAAGAAAUAUAACUGAACUGCAGAUCCUUGGUGAAAUAUCUUUCAACAGAUCUCUGUAUGAGGGGCUGAAUGCAGAGAACCAUAGAACUAAGAUCACUGUCAUCUUUCUGAAAGAUGAAAAGUACCAUUUUCUGCCUGUCAUCAUUGGAAGCAGCGUUGGUGGCCUUCUGGUUUUGAUUGUGAUUAUAGUCAUCCUAUUCAAGUGUGGCUUUUUUAAAAGAAAAUAUCAACAACUGAACUUGGAAAGCAUGAGGAGGGCCCAACUGAAAUCAGAAGAUCUGUUCAUAGAAGAAAAUUAGGCCCUGCUUCCUUAUCCCUUGGGAGAAGCCAUCAGCUGACCCUGGAACUUCUAGAGACCUGGUGCCAUAUUGAUUACUUCUCCUUCAGGAUGAUCUAGAGCAGCAGCUAACAAAUUGUAUGUAGAAUAUUGUUUUAACCAUGCAUUGUCCAAAAAGUGGCUGUGCUUCAGUAAACUUGGGAAACAUUUGGUUUUAAAUAAAGUUAAACUGUUUUCUUUACAGCAGCACCUUUAAUAUGCUAGUAGAUUUUAUAAUCCCCCCUCUCCACAAGAGGAGGUUAUACAACAUUUCCCGACAUUAUUUGCCUAAGAAUGUUUUUUUCUUGACAUUUCUAUUAACAUCUUCCAAAGUACUGCAUUAUAUAAAGUAUAUCUUAGGAACAGUGAUCUAAAGUGAUUCCUAGUCUGGUAUUUUCAAGGUCCUAAAAUAUCACCCAUUAUUUCAAAUAGGCCACCAAAAAGCACCCUCAAGAUACAUUUAAAAAGUAGAAAAGAGGUCAUCAAAACAGGAUCUAGGGAGGAGAGGACAAGACAAGGACUGUGCUGCAGUUUCAUUUCUGUGCAUGUAAGAACAGUUCCAUCUAGUCGAUAUCCUGUACAUCCUUACUUGGCCUCCUGCUCGGUGAACUGCUUUGGGAGACUUUCAUUCCUUAGCAGAUACUGUCAACAGGAGAGAGAACUUGUCACAGGAGGAGAUGGGACUUGGCCUGGGAGUUGAGAGCAUAAUUAGGGCCUAGACUCUCACAGGCUAGGUAGGUUUGCUCUUCGUGUCUUUCACUUUUAUGCUCCAUGCUGUUAAAACUUAAUGGCAGGAGUCCCUGGGUAGUGCAAAUGGUUAAGCUCUCAGCUACUAACCAAAAGGUUGGCAGUUCAAAUUCACCCAGAGGUG